AUGGAGACCAGAGUGGAGCGUGCUGUGCAGCAAAGGCAAGUACUAUUUCUUUGUGUAUUUCUGCAAGUGUCUUGGGCUGGUGGGGAAGCACUACUGUAUUUUGUGGAAGAGGAAGCUGAAAAAGGCACCUUUCUGGCCAACCUAGCAAAUGACCCGUGGUUGGGGGAAUCCUUAGCCCGGGGACCUAGAAUCAUUUCAGACCAGAAUACAGGAUUUUUACUACUCGAUCCGCUUACUGGUGAUUUAUUUUUAAAUGAGAAAUUAGACUGACAGGACCUGUGUGGCCCCACAGAGCCUUGUGUGCUGCCUUUCCAGUUGUUACUGGAAAAACCUCUUCAGAUUUUCCGUGCUGAAUUAUGGGUCAGAGACAUCAAUGAUCAUUCUUCAGUAUUUCUAGAUAGAGAGAUUCCCUUGAAAAUAUUAGAAGUUACCACUCCAGGGGCAGCAUUUCUCCUAGAAAGUGCACAGGAUUCAGAUGUUGGAACAAACAACCUGAGAAACUACACCAUCAGCCCCAAUGCCUAUUUCCACAUUAAUGUCCAUGAUAGUGGGGAGGGGAUUAUCUAUCCUGAAUUGGUGCUGGAUAGACUGCUGGAUCAAGAAGAGGUGCCUGAGCUCAGUUUACUCCUCACCGCCUAGGAUGGUGGCUCUCCACCCAGCUCUGGAACUGCCCUGGUAUGCAUCCUGGUUUUGGACAUCAAUGACAACGCCCAUGAAUUUGUACAGUCUCUCUACAAGGUGCAGGUGCCUGAGGAUAGCCUUGUUGUCUCUCUGGUUGUCACCAUGUCAGCUAGAGAUUUAGAUACCGGAAGUAACGGGGAAAUAGUUUAUGCAUUUUUUUAUGCUACUGAAAGAAUACUCAAAACGUUUCAAAUCAAUCUAACAUCUGGCAAUCUUCAUUUAACUGAAUUGAACUAUGAGGCAAUGCAAAUUUAUACAUUAACUAUUCAGGCCAAAGAUGGCAGAGGACUUUCUGGAAAACGUACGAUGGUGGUUCAGGUAACAGAUAUAAAUGACAAUCCACCAGAACUACUCAUGUCAUCACUUACUACAGCAAUUAAAGAAAACUCACCUGAGACAGUCAUAGCUGUUUUUAGGAUUCGAGACAGAGAUUCAGGAAACAAUGCAAAGAUGGUGUGCUCCAUCCAAGACAAUCUCCCCUUCGUCCUGAAGCCAUCUGUAGAGAAUUACUACACCCUGGUAAACGAUAGCUCUCUGGACAGAGAGAAAAGAGCCGAGUACAACAUCACCAUCACCAGCUACCAGUACGAGGUGUGUCUGACGGGAGGUUCUGAGAGUAAUGAGUUCAAAUUCUUGAAGCCGAUUCUCCCCAACCUCCCGCCCCAAUGCCCUGGGAAGGAAAUAGAAGAAAAUCGUACCUUCUACAACAGCUUUGGGUUCAAUAUUCAGUGA